UUGUUGUGAUGUAGGCACUCGAUCUGCAAGCUAUGAAUACGUCCAGCAAAUAUCGUCAGGUGUUGAAAACUGAGAAUCCAGAAACCGUGGAUGAUGGCAAUAACAACGUCAAGAAACCAAAGCGUUCGAUUUUCCAGCGUGCUUACCGUUACGUCCGUGAAAAACUACCUAAGAAGAAAGGUAGCAUAAAGAUUUCGAAUUAUCAUUCCCUUCCAGAAUUGCCAACUGCGGACGAGACACCACAAAGCUUCGAUGUAAAUGGCACUCAACCUUCGGUUGAACACGUUUCUGUUGAAAACGACUUGAUUGAUUUUGAUGACGCCCAGCCGCCAGCACUUCAUAUUCCUUUCCCUGGAAGUAGUAGAAGAAGAGCAUAUCAGACUAAAUCUUUUAAUGCAUUAAAUUUGGUUUCCGGAGUUGCUAGCGUACCAACAUCACUAACGAAUAUUUCGGAAAUUCUGUCACGCGAUUCAUCCGACACAGACGUCGAAACGGAUGCAGAGGAUCUGUUGCAAAGUACAACUUCCCUUGGAGUCUAUGGCACGAUGAAACCUUUCCCGCACGCAUUGACUUUGGUUUCCAAAGCAAAGUCCGUUCCGGAAUUGUCAACGAGGAUGCUGAUAAGUAAAGACUGCGAUGUGCACCACGUUAAAACUCUAAAUCCGCAAGCAAAUGCUUCUACGGACAGUAUGGCAGUUUGCGAUUCCGCUUACGUGUCAGCACUGGAUCUUGAUGAUGAAGCGAAUGAUGCUAACUCGCUUUCUUCUAGUGGCGAUAGUAGCGAAACGUGCAGCUCAUCAUCUUCUGAGGAACAGAAUCAAAAAUCAGACGAAGAGGAACAGAAUCAAAAAUCAGACGAAGAGACACAGGUAAAGCGCCUGAUUCGUGUUUUUGAAUACAAGAAGAAUUCGCUCUCCAGUACGACACCUUUGGUUCCGCCUAAGAAACCGACUAAAAUGGCCAAUAAACGGAAAAAAGAGAACGGCCACAUAAAUAAAAAAGUUGAAUCGUCGCUAAAGGCAAUAGGAAAUUUAACCAACGAUUUGGGAGUUAUCACUGAAAUCGUGGCUCGUCUUCUCAUCAACAAUAUCGAGGAAUUUGGACCUCAAUUUUCUCCUGCUGUCAAGAUCACCAGCCUUAACAAAGCUGUCAAACACGUGUUUAAAAGAGAGGGAAUCGAACGCCCAGACGUCAUGCCCGAAUGCAUCAAAAUCAGAGAUGCACUCAAUCCAAACGAUAACGACCCCGAAUGCGUUACGGGCAUUCAAAAGGAUAUCUUGCUGUGGUAUUUUGACAAUAUCAAGACUUACAAACACAAAAGCUCUGCAGAUCUUCAUCUCGAACAAUGUCCAUGGCUGGAUCCCGAUGGCAGAGUAUCGCUGCAGAAUGUACGACGUUCCAUCCGUUCGGUACACAAAGAUCUACAACCCACGUUGGCUUUCCUCGCUCAAACGAUCGACUGGAACGAUGUCGAAUCCUUCAGCUCACCUAGGCCAAAAGAGAACAAGAGAGGAAGAGCAUGCGGCCACGGAUGGUACUUCCUGAUUCAUCACUGCCUUGCUAGCCACUGCAAAAAAGUCAAAGCUUCAGAAGAUGAACAAAAAAUGUUGAUGUCAUUCCCCCCAUCGGGUGAAAUAGAGCUUGAUGCUGGAGGUAGAAUUCGAAUCGGAAUGGAAGCAAUUACGAUUGAAAUCGGAGAAAUCAAAACGUCCACGAAGGGAGUACAAAAAGGCCAUACACAGCUGAAACGUUCUUUACUAAUUUCCGCUUUCAUUUGCCGGUCCAUUCACGAGGAGAUAAAUGUUCCCUACAUUCUGAAGGGAUACAUUUUCGUGGCCGGGAAGAAAAAGAAAGAGAAUCAGGGUAUUUUUCACGAAGAAAGGGUAUACACACCACCUGGAACGCUUCAUUGCCAAGUGAUAAACCCUUCCAAUUACAAACCAGCACCGCCAACCGAACCUCAACCGGAUUCCUUCUGUUAAGACACGUGCUGACAUCUGUGCAUUACAAUAACGAGAAACAAAUCGUAUUAGAAAAUGCGAUAGCCAUUAAUUGCCUUACAUGCCCCUUGAAAUUAUGCACAUUUUAAUUUAUCGAACAAAUAAAAACAAAAAUCGGCAAACCAUUUCAUCAGACAUUUGAUUUUGAAUUGCGCAUAAUCUCCUGAAAACCAAGAUUUGGUAAUGUUUAAUCCAGUAACAUCAGUCGGUGCAUCUUAACAUCCAAUCCAACGGCAAGUAUUUAGGCGGUCCCGAUCCCGUCGUAACUUCUACAUAUCACAAACGAAGCGAGGAGAAGACUACAUUAAAUUUAUGAUCACCUCAACGUUUGUUUGUAUAUCGUAAAAUGAAAAACAGUUGGCCUACCGGCAAAGAAAGCUGAAUAAGCAGAUAAAAACCCAGAUUUCCCCCGAACGUGACUUAACCUAAGAGAACAAUGAGACAUGUUUUCCUUUUCUUUUCUCAAAAAUCCAUUAAAACUACCUUGAAGGUUUUAUACCUCCUUCAUCCUCCAAAAUGGCAAUCUCACUUGUGCGGUGAAAGCUGCUCGUCUAGAUGCAUAUGCAAAGCGCUCAACAGGCAAAAGCCCUUUAACAAACUGUUUCUCUCUUUUUUUGUGUUUGAAUUUUUACUUACAACCUUUCCUUUUCUAGUCUGGGGAACGGGCAUUCCCCCCACUGAACUUUCGCUCACGCCGAGUGUUAAAAACCGGCUGAAGUUUCCACACAGUCUCUCUGUAGAUCUGCUGCCGUUCGCUUGUUGGGUCAGUCUCAGCACUAACUCCGAAAGAAAUGGAUUCAAACUGCACAGGACGAAACGAGAACAUUCCAACAGGCAUCAAAAAGUGGUUAACAAAGACUUUCAUCGUUGUGGCUAUUUGGAAGUUAAAUAAACCACAAGAUAAAGUGGCCAACAAAUCGGGAACACCCUGCCUAUCUUCUACACUAUCACAUAGGUCAUUUACAGGUCUUUUCUGAUGACACAAUUGCUCAAAUGACAUCUACAAAUUAGGUCAAAUCAAAAUGUCUUGUUAUUACGUUCAUCUACUAGCAGCGAAGUAACGAACGAAAAUGCACAAUUAAUGCAGCCUUACUGUACAUUCAUAACUUAAAUGCAGUGCACAAUAAAAUGAAUGCUAUUGGAAUGACA